GCGAAUCUUCGCCAAGAUGGAUCGAGCUUUCCUGUUCGUUCUAUUGAUCUCUUUAACGUGUUUCUCGCGUCGCUGCAGCGGACACCUGAUCGAUGGGAUUUUCACGGAACCGACCUUGGAGUUGGGUUACAAUCUAGUGGCCACGGUCCCAAGAGGUGCUCUGGCUCUGAACGUGACACAAUUGCGACACACGGAGAAUUAUUUGGCGGUCAAGUUGCAAAAUGGCACCUACUUGUUAAAUGGAAAUUACAAUAUCAAUUUAUCCGGUAAAUAUCCAGCGGCGGGAACAACCUUUGUGUACCUUCGCCAAGAACAUCAACAUUUGGAAAGUUUCUCUGCUACUGGUCCAUUACAAGAACCGAUCGAUGUUAUGGUUUUAUAUCAGGAACCGAAUCCUGGUAUUGUUUAUCGAUACAUCAUCCCUGGAAAUGUGAAUGUCCCCACGAAUUCUCACUUUGGACAUAAAAUAGUUUCCAGUAAAUCUGGAGAACCUAUUGCACCAACUACUCCGCACAGAAGAAUAGAAAGUGGUUCUACAACCAAUGAUGGAACACAAACGCCAUAUCUUCCAAGACGAUACAAGAAGAGAAAAUUCUUAUGGAAAGCAAGUGGUUACACCGAAUGUAGUAGAUCUUGUGGAGGAGGCUUCCAAAUGAUAAAAUACAUAUGCGUACGAGAACACACGCAGUCAGUGGUACCACAGAAAAGAUGUCACGCAUUAGAAAAGCCGGGAGAAGUUCAAGUACGGUGUAAUACCAUACCCUGUCCACCCAAAUGGAGGGCUGGUCCUUGGAGCGAGUGUUCCGUCACUUGCGGUACCGGAACUCGAGUUCGAGAAUUGGAAUGCGUGCAAGAAAUCAAACCCUCGUUAGUCAUGAGAAUAGCCGACGGCGCCUGCAUGGAACCGAAAAUCCUUCCUACGACCGAAACUUGCGAAAUGCCAGCGUGUGAAUACGACGCGAAAAUAACGCCAACGAACGCACCGCCUCCACAAUGGAACGUGGGCACAUGGUCUUCGUGCUCGACGUCUUGCGGGCCAGGUAAAAGGACGAGAUUCGCAACUUGCGUAACGCAAGGUCUUCCUUGCGAUCUCGAAACAAAACCUGAUACUCAAGAAGCUUGUGAUUUUGGACCUUGCACGACCAAACCGCCACCAGUGAACGUUGCCUCUACGAGACUUCAAAGCCCACAAUGGUUGUACACCGAAUGGUCUGAGGGGUGCUCAUCCGAUUGCGGGACUGGCGUGCAAACCAGAAAGGUUUUCUGCGAGAACAGCUCCGAGGAAGAAUUCUGCGACCAAUCGACUAGACCGGAAACUACGAGAACCUGCUCCAGUAACAGGACCUGCAGCGGGCAAUGGUUCACAGGACCUUGGUCUGAGUGUUCCACAGAAUGUGACACAGGAGAACACGUCAGAGAAGCCGUCUGCGUGACCACCCUUCGCGGAUCCCUUCGCGUGGUCCUCGAUAUGAAUUGCCCAGCGAGUAAACCGGAAACGAGAAAACCUUGUAACGGACCUCCAUGCACGUCCACGUGGUUCAUAUCCGAUUGGACAGAAUGCUCUCGAUCCUGUGGAAAAGGUAUUCAGAAAAGAGAAGUGAGAUGUCUGAAUAGAGAUGGCCAAUCACCUGAGCCUCACGAGCUCCAUUGCAAAGAAAAAGACAGACCUAUAACCCGAAGGACCUGCAACGAUUAUCCUUGCAGGGACGACGUCCACGGAUCCGAGAAUCAUCACAGAGUCCUGCAAGUGCAAGACUACUUUCCAUUUUUAGUUCUAGAUGAAAAUCCACAUUGCAAGGACAGUAUAUCGAACUGCAACUUAGUCUUACAAGCUCGGCUCUGUACUUAUCAGUUCUACCAACAACUUUGCUGCCUUUCGUGUGCCAGAGCGAAGCAGGAAGCAGAAUAA